UACAUGCACAUAUUAAUAAAUGGUGACUUGUAUUGAAGAUUUAAACAUAUUUUGUAAAAUUGUGCCAGCUUUUAUUAAACUUUCUUCCGUCCGCUACCGUAUAUAUUCAGAGUAAAUCUCGUUAUAGUUGUUUGAUAGUCUGAUCUCGGUUGAACAUUUUGGUUUAUGAGCUGUCUUUUUGAAUUUAUAGAGAUGAAUUCGGGACGAUGUUAAUGGAUUAACAAUUUUGGUUUGCUUUCUAUAUGCUAAUCUCAGGUCGACUCUUUGGACUUUGUUUGGACCGGAUAAAAUGGCAUGGUUUCUGAUGAUUGUCGUUUAGUUGAGUGGAGGAUUUUAGGGCUGGGAUUUUUGGAUUUUCUGAAAAUCGUAAUUAGGUACUAAUUGAAAUUUAUUGAAACUAAAUUUUAAAAAUUUUAAUUAUUAAACAGUUUAAUUGAUAGACAUUUUCAUUAACAGAUCAUUAUCUGAAUAGAAAAUAUUCUUUUUAGAAAGUAUUCGCUGUAUUCUUUGGAAUAAUUGUUUUUGGGCCGCAAAAGUCGAAAGAGUUAAGAGUGUCUGUUAUUUUCUCGAGGGAAAUUGUUCGUUAGAAAACGUCUCGAAAUUUCUUCGAUAGUAAUCACACGUGUUCCUGCUGUGAGAGACAAUGGAGUUUGGUUUUCUUCUGUAAUUCUACUUCGAUGUAAGUGUUUCAAUUUAGUAUUAUAAUGGUAAUAAGAGACAGGAACGUUUUUCAGUUCCUCGAUACUUUCGGUCUUCCCUGAAUGAUGGUUACCACAUUAAAUGCACAGUAAUUAGCAUAAUAUACGUAACUAGUUUUCGACCUACUUUCCUACUGUUGAAUUUCUUCGGCUUGCUAAAGCGCAGGAGUUUUAAUAAACUAUCAUUACCAGUAGUAUAUUGUAGUUUUCCAGUACCUUUUGUUCCACAAAAGCACUCAUCGAGUACGUGGAAACGUUUAAUCGUGAUCUUUGAAAUUUCGAAAUUGGUAUUCCCGUGUGUCCUACUUUUUCUGUCUCUUUUUGAAGAAUAUUCCGUACGAUAGAUACAGUGGAAAAGGAACGAAAAGAAACAGAAAUGAAACAAAUUUUGUAAAAGAUGUUUUUGGAAAAAUGAAUACCUAAAUUUGUAGCGAUCGCUUAAAGAAACAUAAAAUGUCUUUAAUUAAUUGGUAUUUCUCACGAUCGAGAAAAGAUUGGCAUUUUUCUUAUUAAUAUUUCCUACUAUUCAAAAUUAAUAUUUUCCUCUUUAUCUUUCAAAAGGAAAAUCAAUACUUCAAAUCAUCGAAUUCUAUCUCAAAAUAUUGAAGUGUAUAAUUCUCCUCAACAAGCAAAAUAAACAAGAAGAAAGAUUAUCUCUUCACAUCUUCCAAACUAUCCACUUCCCUCAAAAGUGCAAUAUUUCUCCAAAAAAUAAUUCUCUAAUAUAUUCCAAACUGUGUUUAUUUUCUCAAAAAGGCCGAUAGUGACAAAUUUUCCUUAAGAAUCGAACGAAAACUAACAUUUCUUCAAAAACUAAUUUUCUAAGAUCGUCUAUGCUCCGAAAAAAAUGAUAAAAUACCAAAUCUCCAUUAAAAAUUCAAAAGUUAACAUUUCUUCAAAUAUUCCAAAUUUUUGUGAAAAGCCCAAAACCGUUAGAUUUUCGUCGAAAAUCGGUCACAACAAUGCUUCUCAUCUCUUAUCCACGCCACGAACGUCAAACUCAUGAGAAAUAGAUAUCGAUAUUGGACCAAUUAAUCGCAAUGAUGCGUACGUGUCAGGCGAGGCACGACGCACAAGAUUUCCGGUAAAAAGCCGCGACCAGACAUUCACCCUUCCCGUGGAACAGCAGAAAGGCUCUCUCCGUCGAUCUUCAUCCUCCUGCUCCUCCUGUUCUUCCUCCUUCUCCUCGCUCCAGCGUGGAGGAGCCGACUCACUGGCUAGAGAACUCGAGUCUCUCCUGCGGAACAUCCCCGGCAGUUUCACGUCGACGGUCAUCCGGAUCGACUCGUGGCCAAGGUCGAUCGUCAACGGCAACGUUCUUUUCGCGUGAAAAACGUCGGUUUUUUCAUAUUUCUUGCUGAACAGCCGAUUGUCUAUUGAAGAUCUGUGAAAUUAUAACAGCUGAUUAUCCAUUGAAAAUUUGUGAAAUUACAAAAAUUGAUUGUUCAUUGCGACAGUUGAUAAUCUAUCGAAAAUUUGUGGAAUUACGCCAAUUGGAUUAUCUAUUUGAAUAUUUGUGAAAUUACAAGAAUCGAUUGUCCUCCGUUACAACGAUCGAUUAUCUGCUGAAAAUUUGUGAAAUUUGAAAUCGAACAAGUGUUUCUUACAUUUCAUUUCAUAUUGUGGUAUCGAUACAAAGAAGAUGGAGGAGUCCGGAGAACCGUGGAUCUAUACGAUCUAAGUGAUCUAUACGAUAAUAUGGGAUUCGUGGCGGUGGUGCGCUGGUGUUUUUCGAGAAACUUUAGAAAACUUUUGUUUAGGAGACUCUGUUUGAGGAUUUUUGGGCGAAAUUGAGAUCGUGGAGCAUUGGAAAAACGAAUGACGUCGCUCGAUGAAAACACGACGAAGAGAAAAGCUCCAGGGAGCUUAAAAGAGAUACAGACGUGGAUCGUGCUCUAGUUUAGAUCUAGAGCCGAAUAUGUCUUGCGUGGGAAUGUCCUGUUACGAGGAUGGCUUCCGGUUGGCUGGUCCCGCAUCGGAAUGCUCCCUCAGAAGCAAGGCUCGCAUCGAUGCCCUGUUCGAAGAUUCGAGGUCGAUCUACGGAUCGAACAUUGGCGGUUGGUAUGGCGCGGUAUCAACCAUGAACUCGAAUCAUCUGGAGGACAUGGGGGUGGACGAGCAGAGAAGGGUGAACAGCGCCGUGCAGGCGAGGAUCGAGGCGAUGUUCGCUUCCGUGGAAGCCGAAAGCGAAACACCUGGAGAAUGCGCCGCCGCGAUUUUACCGGUGAAAUAUAUGGGCGCAGCACCUGUGGGAGGUCGCGUGGCAAGCGUUCGAGGCCUCCAAGAACCCCUACGUCAGCUUCUGGAAAGAAUCCAAUGUUCUGUGCGGGCGGAACUCGAAGUCUCCAGACGAGGGUUGACUUUCCGCACGUCUGACACCUGCGAGAAGAACAACCCCUUUCGCAGGAUCGCCGUGUGGAGUGCACUGAGACUUCGUAAUAAACGCAUGCCAUCGGGAGAGCUGCAUCACGCUUUCUUGCCGUUGGUCGGUGAUCACGAACAGAGCCAGACAAGCGAGGAGAAGCACGCAGACUUGUACAGAACAAUGCGUGGCCUGAAAACGACAUCAGACCACUAUUCACCGAUAUUUGCAGUAGUAAUGCGACGACCAGGGGCGACCAGGUUACUAGAAUGCCACGCGUUCGCGUGUGAGACGGAAGAGGAUGCAGUGGCUGCUGCAGCGACCCUCUACAGAUCUUUACUCGCUGAUUUGGAUGCGAAUCGACGUCGGCCAAGGCACACGAACGGCGUCGGUUGCAUGAGCAUAGCCUCGGUAGCCUCCAGCGUCAGAGAACCGAGUCCAAGCAGCAGGCUCAGCACCAGAAUGAACAUAUUACAAUCGGAAGCUAUCAGAUCGACUCCUCAACAUCCCGUGAGACCUCCAAGAACGAAGAAAACCUCCGUGUCCAGUUCGGUAACGGAAGAGGAAACUGAAAAAUCAUCUGGUUUACAAAAAGCUCCCAGAAGAAAGAAGAAAAAUUCUGAUAUCAAAGCAGAAGACGUUUUGGAGGCUCGAGGAAGAAGAAAAGAGGCUAGUCCGAAAGAAAAAAUUACUCCAGUGGUCCAGAGCUUCAGUCCUAUUCAGACGAACUUCGACUCGAAAGUUUCCAAGAAAGAGGAACGCGAAAAUUCGAAGAAUAAAACGUUCGGAAUUAAAAAAGAAAUAAACGCUCCUGAAAAAAUCGAAGUAGAAAACUCGAAUAAUUCUGCGAACAAGAUUUACGACAUAGGGGCCAAUGGAUUCUAUGAGACAGUCUCUAACAGAUACGAGAAGCUUCCAAUAAUUGGAAAAGCGGGGAAAAUCGAGAGCCCGGCGCAAGAAACUCCGAUUAAAGAAGCAGAUGACGUGGAGGAAAGAAUGUACGAAAAAUCUCACGGUUCCUAUGACCUGAAUAAUCCUGUGUCCUCGAGAGAUGCGUCUAAGGAUCAAGAAACACACUCUGCGAGGUCAGACGUUGUAAUCUACGACAGGAUCGACAGAUCAGGCUGCAAGAGCGAAGAAAACGCAUUGUACGAACGAGCUUUGAAGAGAAACAGCAAAGAGAGGCUCUAUGAGGAACACUUUAAAGAUGUUGAUAAAAUAUACAGUCUUGCCCAGGAAGAAAUUUACAGUGGCAGAGGUAGCAAACUGGGACCAGGGAAGAUAAAGAGUUCGCAAGAAGAUAUAUUCUUUGGUAGAUCCUGUAAUAACGAGAUUUAUCAGUUGAGCCAGGAGAGUCGUGGGGAUUCUGUGUCAGUGGAACGAAGAAGGUCCAGGGACCAAGAGAAGAUCACACCUGGAAGACGAGUGAGCAGAGUGGUUACCAUGGAUAAACCUUUGAAGAAGCAACUCAGCGAUUCCACAUCGAAUUUGAAUUUGAUGGAGCAUAAUCAGCCAAGAGUCAGGAAGAGAAGCAGAGCUGGAAGUGAACCACCUGUUAGCAGGUCUGAGGAUGCUACGAAGGCUCUCGAGGAGACUAGAUUGAAGAGAUCUCAGAGUGAUAUAGACGUGGAUAGAGGAGAUUUGAUGACCAGAGUCGAGUUGCCCAGGAGAGGAAGCUUUUUGAAUCCUGGAAGCGCUAGGAGACCUAAUAGUAUCAAAGGUGGCACUCCUUUGGGAUUUACCGAACUUUUUGAUGAGUUUAGGAAUCAGGAGGGUCUGACUAGUGUCGACGACAUCUUGGCUGCUAUUAUCGAUCCUGAAGGCAUGUCAUUCAACGACUUGAAACCCUUGUACAAAGAGUUCUUGUUAAAAUUAGCCGCCACAUUGACACAGGAUGAGCUAUAUCAGAGAUCAGCGAGCAUAAUGAGGAGGCGUCGAAGGCCGCAACGAAGACGAUCCAGUCGUCGAACCUGCUUACUUGGCAGGGCCAUCAAAAGGUCUGUGUCGAGGUUGAAGGGUGGACCGACGGAAUUCACUUCCGUGAUCUUCCCUGCGAGAAGACUGAACGAUAGUUUCGGUAGUAGCUCUUCUUGCGACGCCAGGAACAAUCAUAGGAAUCGUGUAUUGGCUAAUAAAUUGGGCAAGAGAAGAUCUUCGUGGAGGACGAGUAAAAAUGGCGCCUGCCAUACUACUUCUGAAGAUAGCGACACUUGCAGAAGACUAAACAGAAGCGCAGGAGCGGCAGCGAACAGGAGCAGCAGCGGUUACGUGAGUUGCAGCGAGUGUAGCUACGAUUCGGAGUCGUGCACCUGCGUGUCAGCGGACAAAUGCUACUGCUCGUUGUCGAGGAGGAUCCCGACGCAGCCUCACGUUCCUCCAAACACGGUGGUAUGUGCUUGUGACACUGACAGCUGCUCUGAAAGCAAUAAGUGUUACUGUGCUCGGCAGCCGAUCCGGCCGACGAUACUGGAGCAGUUAAGGCAGAGAGGCAUCGUGCCCUCUGAAGGCACCCUCAGCCGAGCCGGAAGCCCGGACAAAGCUCGAGCGGUCAAGACCGGCAGAUGUCGAACGCCUUCCCAAGGUUUGGAUGUACUCAAGAAGCAGUCAUCGUCAAGCUACGGUAGUUCGAACAACUUCGCCCUAGAUUACGACCUGUUCAAUCCAGGACGAAAGUCUCAACAGUCUUCAGACAGCGAGAAGGUGCUAGUCGUUAGUGCUAGAGACACGCAGGGCCGUUUAGUGUACGUCGGUGGCGCUGACAGAGACAAGAAAUGUCUUUCCCAUUGUUCCAGUCGAUCUGGAGCGCAUCACGAAGCCCUUUCGAUCAAGAAAAGCGCGGAAAUCGCGGCCAUCUUCGGCGCUGAAUCGAGUAGAAUCAGCAGGCGAACCAGUAACGCUUCCAGCGUCAAGAGUUCCAUUAGUCUGGAGGCUGGUUUAGGCUACUUACCAUGAACAUCCUUUUUUCCUUGAUAAAAUUACACCCUCUACUUGAUCUGAUCGGCAAAUUAUAAGGAUUAGAAAAUAUAGUUAUAUCACAGGAUGAUUGUAAAUUAAAUUAAUGCGUCAAAUUAUACAGUAAUGACGUUUACACGACCUUAAGUAAAAAAUAAGAUACCGAGAAGUUUAAAAGAUUUAAAUUUAUCCUAGCAAUUUGUCCUAGUAAUUAAAAUUAAAUAAAGUAUAAAUCAUUGAUCAAUCGUCAUGUUAUAACUUGACAUAAAAAAAUAUAGAAAAGUCUAUUCUUCAAAAAGAAUUUUCGAUCAGAUUUAGUAGAUAUUAUACAUAAAUAUACAUAUAUAUAUAUAAAGUUAUUUUUUUAUUUUUUAUUAAAAAAAGACACCAUUCAGCAAAGAGGUGUAAAUACUGAAAUAAAUACUUCAAAGAGAACGUCCAGGAAGAAAUACGUAAAAGAUAUCGAAUUAUUUUUUACGAGGGCAUAAACGCUCCAGCGAUAAUAGUUUCUAUUUUUACUUUUAGAAUAUUAUUUGUCUUUUACUAAAGAAAGACCUUGAGCUCGCGUUUUCGAUAUUCAAUUACUAUUUAGUUGAUUCAAGCUAAUUGGCAUGAAAAAUCACGGGAAUGUAAUGUCUACGUAUAUAUUGAUAUUAUAGCGCGUGUAUAUUAA